GUGGCCUGACGUCACACUCCCACAAUGCUCGCGCCCCAGAACUCUGGCGCUGCAGCCUGAGGAGAGCGCGAGCCACUCAGGCCCCGAAAAAAAGCCAAAAAUUAUAGAAAAAAAUCUGAAAAAAUAAUAAAACAACAGAUCCAGAGGAGAAACUCCGGGAAAGCUGUCGUGGGAUCCCCCGCGAACAAUCAAAAUGGGCAAUAUUAAUAUCUACUGGACCCCACCCAUGUCAGUUGGGACUGGGUGAAAGAAAUAGAGACAUUGCUAUUCUUCCAAAUGUUCUGAACCUGAACGAGGAUUUUUUAAAGAAGAGACUGUAUAAUUCCUAGAGACUGCCCCUUAAACUCCACCCCCCCCAGGCAGAAUCCAAACAGAGCCUGGAAGGUAGGGCAGCCACGGCUGGGGUUCAAUGGCAACGGCACCAUAGGGCUGCCAUGGCAGCAGCUGCCGCCGAUGCCCCACACCACAUAACCACACUGACGCCGGAGGACGAGGAUCAGCGAGCUGCCCCCAAACUGUUUGGAGGUUUAGCUCAAGUGAGGACAGAGAGCGAGAGAGAGAAGGAGACAGGGAAGGAGGAAAGCGGCAACGAGUGUUUGGUGUGUGGCACCCUCUUCAGCUCACAGGAUAAGCUUCAUAUCCACACUUUUAGUCACACAGGGGAGAAACCUUUUCACUGUACCCAGCCCUACUGCCACAAGGCCUUCAGCUCCAAAUAUAAGCUCUACAGGCAUAUGGCCACACACUCCCCGCAGAAGACCCACCAGUGCUCAUUCUGUGAAAAGAUGUUCCACCGUAAAGAUCAUCUGAAAAAUCACCUGCAGACCCAUGACCCCAACAAGGAAGCUUUUAAGUGUGAGGAGUGUGGCAAGCACUAUAACACAAAGCUAGGCUACAAGCGCCAUGUGGCCAUGCACUCUGCCACAGCAGGAGACCUGACUUGCAAGGUAUGUUUGCAGAGCUAUGAGAGCACUCCUGCCCUCUUGGAUCACCUCAAGAGCCAUUCCGGCAAGUCUUCAGGUGGCACCAAGGAAAAGAAACACCCAUGCGAUCACUGUGACCGUCGCUUCUACACCCGCAAGGAUGUUCGCAGACACAUGGUAGUUCACACAGGUCGCAAAGAUUUUCUGUGCCAGUACUGUGCCCAGCGCUUCGGAAGAAAGGACCACCUCACACGACAUGUGAAGAAGAGCCAUUCACAGGAGCUGCUGAAGAUCAAAACAGAACCACCAGAUAUGCUGGCUCUGCUUGGUUCUGGCUCUCCGACUUGUGCUGUGAAGGAAGAGCUCAGUCCUAUGAUGUGUAGCAUGGGCCCCAAUAAGGACUCCAUGAUGACCAAACCUUUCCGCAGUGGCACCCCUUUUCCCAUGGGCAUGUACAACCAACACCAUCUACAGGCCAUGUCCAGCCCUGGAAUGGGCCACCAUCACUCCUUGGUUCCUGGGUCACUGUCUGCUGCUAUGGGUAUGGGCUGCUCUAUGGAGCCUCCUUCAGCCUUACACCACCAUCAUCCACAUCAUCACCACCACCCACACCAUCCCUCUCCUCCACCGCCAACACACCAGCAACAAACUCCACUGCAACCUCAACCCCAGCAGCAGCAUUCCCAACCUCCCAAGUACCAGCUUGGAGCUACCUCAUACUUGCUAGAUAAGCCCCUAAAGGUGGAGAUGGAGAGUUACCUGAUGGAUCUGCAGAGUGGCUUGCCAGUCCCUCCCCCACCUUCAGCUGAUCCACAUUCAGCUGCUUCACCUAAUAAAGAUGGUCUGGAGCCUCCACCUGGCUUAACAGAUGAGCUAUGUGGGGAUCCCCUCCUAUCUAAAAGCCCUGCCAUCAUUGCUGAAUCUCUGUGUGCUGCUAACAUGGACUUCUCCCAUUUACUGGGUUUCUUUCCGCUAAACUUGCCGCCCUAUAGCACUCCCAUGAGUUCGGGAGGCCUGGUGAUGGGCUACUCCACCUCCACUGCCUCUUCUUCUUCCUCAUCAUCGUCAGCAUCUUCACAUGCUGCCGAGUCUCAUGCUGCCACAGCAACCGCCUCAGUGCCUCUUACCUCUUUGCAACCUCAACCUCAGGAGCAACCGGGCUCCAGUGGAGGUCUUGGCCUCGGGCCCCUGCAUCCACUCCCACCAGUGUUUAGCUCCAGCCUUAGCACGACCACCUUGCCUCGCUUCCAUCAGGCCUUUCAAUGAGGCUCCCACCCCACCCUGAUCUACCACAGACUGACAACUGUGGUGGCCCAGGGUAGGGGAGCUUCAGGGCUCCCUCUAGGGGUGGGAGAAUAAAACACUUGAGCACAUAGAAGCCUUAACUAAAGCGCACAAAUGCUUUUAAAUGAGCCUGGAGAAACCAAUUUAUUUUCUGAAAGGAAGUAGAACAUAGGAAAUAAGAAAACCAUGGAGCUUUUGUUUAGGCUUUUCCAUCAAUAUUUUAGUUAAACCUUUCCUUCAACCCUUGACUCACCAAUUCCUAGUUAGGAUGCAGCAUCAGCAGGCCUUUAAGGCAUGGUACCGCAUACUUUAUAAAGUAAUAAUAUGAGUUGGAGAAAGGAUGUUUAAAAUGUUUUUUAAGAGAAUAGUUUGAAGUUAUUAAGCUUUUUUUUUGUUUAUUCAAACAUGAGACUUAAUUUAUAUUGUCUCUGUUCUAUUAAAGUCAGGUAUCAUUUAAUCGCCCUUAAACUAAAACUGCCUUGGCAGCUGGGAGAGGAAAAAUUACUGGAGGAAUGAAGUUGUGAUGUUGCAUAAAUCUCUCCCCUUUCAUAGCCAAAAAAGCAAAUUCAUUAUAAAAUUAUACAAAAAUAUUUUCCCCAUAAAAUGUAUUAAUUCCAGUUGUUCCUUCCCCCAGUAUAUAAUAUUCAUUACCAUAAGCACACUUAGGUAUUGUGUGCAAGAAUUAUGUAGGCAAGGGAAGAUUCAAUAAAAAGAAAGAAGGCAAAAAAAAAAGGCAGCAAAUAAGCGGUAACAUUUUACAAUCCUACUUUUAUACACUGACCAUUCAGAACAAAGGACAGAUCAAAGGAUAAUGUAAAAAAAAUUAAAAAAAAAAAUCCAUACAGUUUUUGUUAGUCAAAGGAAGCACUUUGUUUACAGCAGAAGGCACUUGACCUUUUUUGGGUUCCCAUGGUGACUCGCUGACCCUCAGUUCCCUACUUCCUGCACAAAUUUACCUUUUCCUUCCUAGCCGAGCAUCUUAUGCACAGCAACAUCAUGUGUCCUCAAAAUAUUCUCUAGUAUUUAAAUAAUUCAAGUGUUUCAUAAUGGUUUCCUUCUUCCUCCCAGCACUAAUUUCUAUGGCAAAUGUUUUAUUACCUCCAGUUCCUGCCCACCUCAUUCUAAUAUGCAUGUUAGAAAACACAAAGAUAUUAGGCAGGAUAAUAGAGUUAAUAGUCAAAUGGUAAUAAUCACCCUGACAUAUGUGAAUAGAAAAGGAAUGACAAGAAUGGGGGAAGGGGGAGGGGGUUCUACAAGAGUAUUUUUGCAGUGUACGAAAUACCACAUCAAAAAGAAAUAUAUAAUUGCUUUUAUUUUAGUAAAAUGUAUUUUAGAUAGAUGUAUUAAAAAAUUGCUGAUGGGAUUUUUACAAAAACAAAAAAGUCAGGUUUACAUAAUGAUGUAACCUUGUUCAAAAAAUGGAUGAAGUAAUUGCUUUUUAUUAUAGUCUUCCCUAUAUUAUUUGUUCUUUUUUUCUUGUAUGUGGGUCAACAGAUGGUAUUUUGACCCAUGUCUCAUAGGCUUUUAGUAGAAUUAUCAAGUAGAAUGAACUACUCUUUAAUUUUUAGUGUUGCAUAGAGAGGCCCGUAAUGUGACCCAAGUUUCAGAAUUAUUCUCUUUCAGUAUUGGAACAGACCUGACAGAUGUCUUUGAUGUGGCUCACAUCCUGUGGCCCCUAAACAAUUCUACUUUAUCAAUUAACUUUAAUCGUCACGUCAAGGAGAAUUUCUAAAGCAUGUCAAAUUAAUUCCUAUAAAGUGAUACUGAUGACAUGGUGGUGUUUCCUGCACCAAAGUACCUUGAAGAAAUGUCCUUUAAUGGCCAGACUUUAAAUUUUGCUCAUCCCUAGCCUUGUAGUCAAUGUGAAAGUCAAGAAUAAAAUUGCUCAAAUGCGAGGCCACCAGCCAAAAUGAAUUUGAAAAAGUUAUGAUGCUGCUUUAGCGCUAUGGUUGGUAACAGUCAUAGACCACUUCUGCAGAAAUCCUUCUGCAGAAAUCUUUAAAACUGAACACAUGAACCGUUUUUGUCCAUUUCUGUUCUCCUUUUACAGCUGCUUCGUCCAUUAAAAUGAACAUUUUUAUCAAAGGGUCUGAAGAAAGACAAAAUACCCAGAACAAAUAAGUCACCAGACUGGUCUUUGACAUUCAAAGCAUGGGACAGUUGAUUGGGAUAUUGCCUAGUCGUUUGUUGUCAUAUAUUAUUUUCUGUUUGUUGAAACAGGACCUCAAAACAACACAACACAUCACCUCAUUUAAUUUUAUUAUACAUAUUUUUUUUUCAUACCAAAAACCUGGGGAGAAGAAACUUCUUUUUUUGCACAAUUGCUAACUAAAGAGCUAAUGUUGAGAUAAUAUUUUUGUAUAUCGUCGCUGUCGGGCGGAAACCUCGUAUGUCCAAAUUUGGUCAGUUUCAUAUUUUUUCACAUAUCGAUGCUAUUGGUCAGUCCCCACGUGGGUCUGUUAUUUUUACAAGUUAUUAACCAAUCUAAAGUCUUGAAAAUAGCUUGAGUGCAAAUCUCUUAACUCUACUGGACACUUCAACUGUCCACCUCUUCCUCACUCCGCGGGAGAGAUUUGCGGCAUAUUUCUCCUUAAUAAGAGUCGCAACGAAUCAACACGUCUUCUGAGGUAAAUGUCUUCAAAACACUGGGCUCAAAGAAAAAAAAAAUCUUGACCCCCGCUAGUUCUGGUGCUCAUCUGAGGACAGGAAUUUAGUGCAAGACAAUCCACUGCAACGCGGACUAAACCCUGUGCACUGCAGAUAAGGUACAGCGUUUUUUUCAUCUCCUGAAAAAUAACGGUUUUGGAGAUAUGAGGAUUCCGCCCGACAGCGACGAUAUACUGUAAGAAUUGCUACAACUGGUAGUUUCUGACUGAAAAUAAGAAGAAAGCCAAAUAUGCAUUUGAAUUUUUUUCUUUAUAUUCAAUUGGAUUGUGUGAAAUCUUAUUUCAAAGUUAAACAACUUUUGGUUUGGUGUUUGGAUUACGUAAAUAAAAAAGGGUAGAUUUUUUAAGCAUUUAUUCCCCUUUCAAUCGUAUUUUAUUGUUAAAAAUGGGGGGGGGGGAGCAACAUUUAUUUGACAGGCACUUUGAAAUGUAAAGGUGUUUAAAUUUAAAUGUCACAUUAAUAUGUGGGAAAAGUAUGACAGGAAACAAUCCUAAACAGAUCUAAAACUGCUUAAGCAGUAUAAGUCAUAAAGCUAAGCAAAGCUAUGCAGUUUUCUUAAAAAAGAAAUAAAAACAUUCUUUUAAUUAAACAUGAGAAAAAUAUUCAACAAGAAGCUAUUGGCAACUUCUGAGUUUGUCCUCCCCGGGUUUUCUGUAAGCUGAUCUGAAUUCUAGCACUUUUAAACCUUUGAAAAGAGUAUUUUUUUCUUGAAAUUUCAGCCUUAUAUGUUUGUAUGUUUUUGUUUUUCUUUCUUUCUAAUUUUGUAUUUGAUCUUGUACAUGUAUGUGCCAUUAGUUAAAUGUGUAGAAUUUAUUAAUCUAUAUGUACGUUUUUUUCCCUCCUCUUCCAAAGGAGUAACAGUAUUUUUUUGAUAGACUUUCACUAAUAUUUGCCAUGUUUUGCCCCAACUCUUCUUGCUUUGUGCAUUUUAGGACUUGAGAAACAACAAAUGUGCUCAUUUUUAGCUUAUCUUUAAAACCCUUGUUGGAAAAGUCAAAAUUCACAGCUAUUUCUUCUUUUUCAACUUGCUAUUUCAAAGUUAUAGCACUGACAGGUUUAACACGUAUACUGACUUGAGUGACACCCCCUUUCAUUUUUUUUUUGUUUUGUUUUAGAUCAUGUUUUAUAUAAUAAGCACAUGACAGGGUAGAGCUCAGAUUUUGGUAAAGAUUAGUAGGAGUAGUUGACUUCCUUUCUGAGGCGUCCAACCAGUGCAGCAUUUGUAUGUCAUUGCCAGUUGUUCUCUAGAUUGAGAGAGGACAUUAAAUGAUUUUCAGGCUUCUAUCAGUCCUGCUUCUGGGCCCUUUCAAAAAGAUCGUCUCACCCACCAAGAGAAUGACACCAAAAAACAAACAGCCCUCAAGGAGCUCCCCUUCUUCUGAACUCUGAGCGUUCAAAGUCCAUUGGAAGAAAGGAAAAAACUUCAGUUGUGUGUUGUGCUGAAGGGAAAGUUGAUUAGAUGUCUAAUUUGAUACCCUACCUAUAAUCAUGUAUCCCAUCUUUUAUGAUCGAUUUAAAAAAAAAAAAUCUCCAAUGCACCUACCAGGGAUGCACUUAUCUUAUUUCUCCCAAAAUGUGUAGGAUUCUAACUAAGCUAUUAAAAAGAAAUGAUUCAAAUAUCGUUGAUCUAAGGAGAAAGGAAAUUACAAUUGGACUUAAGGAGGGAAUUGCCUUUCUACUUUAAAGAGAAAAAAACAGUGCUGUCUGUGGAAAAAGACAUCAAAUUGUAGUUUCAUUUAUUUUAGCUUAAUGUAAGUCUUGCAUUCCAAGCUCUUUAUGUAUCUUGUUUAGCAACAUAGUCCUCUUAUUUUUAGUACUUGCUUAUUACUGCCACCCCAGGAAAGAAAAAAAAAGUAAAAGAACAAAAAUUCAUUCAUCCUUACACUAUUUUAUAUAGCAUGGGAUUUUAUCAGCUACAGGGAGAAUUGUAUAAAAUUAUAUGACAACCAGUCCACUAUCUAUCACCUACAAUCAGUUGCUGCAAUGUAAAGAGACAGAUAUGUAUAUUGGUUGAUCCAAAGAGAUGACAUUACAACAAAACCUAUUUACUUAUUGUACAGAGCAUUGUACCUUUUGACUUGUAAUGUAUGAUGUUAAAAUCAUUAAAAAAAAAAAAGACAAAC